AAACCUCUGACGCCUACAUCCGGGUACUACAACGAACUCGCUCUCCAACAUGGCGGCGUCAGCUAAAAAGAAGAAUAAGAAGGGGAAGACCCUCACUCUGACUGACUUCCUGGCAGAGGACAGUGGAGGCAACCCCGCACCACCCAGCUACCCAUCCAAGUCCACAAGCUGGGCCGAUGAGACUGAUGACCUCGAUGGAGAUGUGUCGACAUCGUGGCACACUGAAGAAGACACGUACCGGGCCCCACCCAUUGACCGCUCCAUCCUGCCGACAGCUCCUCGCUCGGCCCGCGAGCCCAACAUUGACCGGUCCAAACUCCCCCGCAGCCCGCCAUACACGGCCUUCCUGGGAAACCUGCCCUACGAUGUCACCGAGGACUCGAUAAAAGACUUCUUCCGCGGCUUGGCAAUCAGUGCCGUGCGUCUGCCCCGAGAGCCCAGUAACCCAGAGAGACUGAAGGGCUUUGGCUAUGCUGAAUUUGAUGAUGUCGAUUCCCUCCUGCGAGCUCUGAGUCUUAAUGAAGAGAAUCUGGGGAACCGAAGGAUUCGUGUCGAUAUUGCCGACCAAUCUAAUGAUAAAGAAAGAGACGGUAUCAUGGGAGGCAGAGAUAGGGGUGGACGGAUGGCAGACAUGGGUCCUGACAAGACAGACAGUGACUGGAGAGCUCGGCCAAGUGCGGACGCUGAUGAUGGACCUCCAAAGAGGGAUGAUGCCUUUGGAGAAAGAUCACGGGACCGCUACGAGUCGGACCGUUACAGGGAUGGCCCACGCCGUGACAAUGACCGUUACGACGGAGGCAGAGACCGCUACCGGGACCGUUAUGACGACAGGGACCGCAGGGAUCGCUAUGACGACAGGGAUCGCAGAGACUUUGACAGAGGAGGUUUUGAUUCCCGCGGGGGAAGCGGCCGCCGUGCAUUUGGGACUGGCUUUCGCCGAGAUUACGACGAUAGUCGGGGUAGCAGUGACCGCUACGGUGAAAGGGAGCGUUACGGCGACCGGGAGGAAAGACGAGAUGAGAGGCGUGAGGAGAGGGGGGCUCCUCUGCAGCGACCCAAGUUAAACCUGAAGCCCCGCAGUGUACCAAAGGAGGAGGAAGGUACCGGCAGCAGCGGGGGGACUUCCCCUGCUACCGCUCCAAGCUCCGGCACCAGGGCUUCCUCCAUCUUUGGUGCAGCAAAACCUGUUGACACAGCUGCCAAGGAGAGGGAAGUGGAGGAGAGGCUGAAGAAAGAGGAAGAGAGGCUGCAGAGGCAGCUGGAGGAGGACAAAGGCCGGGCCCCUGAGAGAAAGAUGCGAGACAAGGACCCAAGCUGGCGCACUGAGGAACCUCACACUGAGCGGUCCCGCACAGGCAGCGAGUCUUCACAGCCAGGAAGCACCUCUGGAAGGGGGUCCAGGUGUCAGGACAGAGAGCGCUCUGGUGAGAAUGAGGUCUUCUCUGGCAGAGAAGGGAACACCUCCCCAGUGCCCCCAGCACGAUCCUCCUCCACCAGCUCCACCAAGGAGCCGCUGAAAGUGAUGCCUGCUCCUCCCCCCAAGGAGAAUGCGUGGGCCAAGAGAAGUGCAGUGAGCACAGGCUCAAGCGAGGGCGAUGGACGAGCCCCAGUCUCCCCCGUCUCCCCGGGUGGUUCUGCUCCUCCCAAGUUCAGUUCCUCAAGUUCUGCAGAUGAGAAAGGAUCUGGAAAGGAUGAGAACAAGGCUGAUGGUGUGCGUCGGGACCGGGGGCCCCCGCGGGCACGAGGGGGACCUGCAGGGACUGCAGCUGGGCGGGGCCGAGGAGAGGGGCCCAAUAAAGACCGAAGAAAGGAGGCAGACAGAAAGGACAACAGAAGAGACCGAGACUCCAGACCACCUCCAGAGCCAAAGAAAUUCGAAGAGUCCCCAACCCCUAAGUUCAGCUCAGCCAGCAAGUACGCCGCAUUGCUAAUGGACGGAGACCAAGGAGAUGACACGGGGGACGUUGAAUAAUGAAAAUGAAAAAACAUGGCCUGAGAGUGCAGGAAGAGGAGUAAAUGACAAAUUCAAAAUAAAAAGGAAAAAAAAAAAAGAAAAAGAAUUCCACAUAGCUUAUGAAAAAUCUCUUGACAUGGAAGUGGCUAUGGGGAGGGGAGACACCACUCCCACCCUUCUUUUCUUCUGCAAACCUGUCCUUUGCUUUCAUAUCACCCACCCAUCCCUCCUCCCCUGCCCCACCUUCAGGACUUUUCAGGUUCUAAAGAAUAGUCACAUACUGGACUUGUUUUAAAUAAAUAAAAAAAGAGAAAAAAGCUGACACAUGGAAAAAUGAUGGAUAACAUUGAAUUAAUUGUAAUAAAUAAAUGGAAAAGUGGGAAACAUGAAUUUUGUAUAUUUGUGGAUUGCAGUCAUGCUGAGGUGAGAUGGAAUGACAGAAGAUAGUUAGAGUGGACCCGUUUUUUAAUCAGUAUUGGACUUGCAUAAUUCAAACAAAUGCACAGGUUUAUUACAAUCCCUUUUUACCUCGUAAGCAAUCUGGUAUUUCAAAAGCAAUCAUAGAAAGUUUAUUGAUGAACCUCUUCUCACGCUUGCUAUCAUGUAUUCAGUAUUCAUUAAUUGAACUUAUUGCCUAUUAAAGCGACCCAUAGUCUUACUGGAAGAGUAAUGUGUAGACAACAGUUUUGGCAAGUUGACUUGUGUGUUUAGAAUGAAAGAAAAGAAGCCUACCCUGACUCUUACUGAGAAUCCAUCAAGUGCCAUUGCAGUUCUCCAUCGUUGUGCAGAUGCCCCUCCAUUGCUACACUUUGAAGGUACUGCAUCACAUGAAAGUCCCACAAUGGAUUGUUUUCGUCCAUGUUGUAGAUUUUCCGCGGCUGUCUUGAGUCAUUUACAGUUCAUAUAUACCUCCAUACUCGUAUUUGGAAAGUGCAAACGUCCUAAGAGCUUGGGAAUGUCCAUGAAAUGAGAUGAACUUGUCUUCCAGUUUGCAAUAAAUUGCAGUGAUUAUGGACAUUCAAAUAGUAUGUGGUCAUUGUUAUCUAGGUGUUAGUCCAGUGAGUCAGGCCAGCG